GGGUGUUGCUUGUAUCUCUCUUGCUCACAAAGACUUGAGACUAAGCAAGUAUUUCCGUGACGCUGAGAAGAAAGCGAAACAAACUGCUCUCUCAUCUGCAACAAAUGUGAUAGACUAGAAGCUUUUACAUGUCCAAAUAACUAAAAGUGACCGUAUCUCGACAAUGAAGCUUAAAAAAGAGGCUUCACAUGUCAAUACUCGAAGCUUCCGAAGCCUUGAAGUGACUGAAGGAUUUUAGACCCAUUUGAAUACGAGCAAGGAGGAGAAAUUCGACUAGAGGCAAGACUGAAGUAAAUUGAGUGAAGGAAAGAGGAAAAGAAGGAAAGAGAGACCAUUGAAUUGUCGCGCCGAACUUGAAUGUUCACCUGACUGCAAAACAGAAGGUCGCUGGAAGUUGUGGGAGGAAGAAAAAGAGGAUCACACACACACACACACACACACACACACACACACACACACACACACACACACACACCUACCAAGACCUCCAGCGCUGACCCUCUCAACCCAACGGACCGAGACGAGGAAUGACAUACAAGAGGCGGCAGGUAAAUUCUAGCAACACGUGGGGUGAGAACCAAUGUCUGUAAUACUAUACAGCCUGAAGACCCAUAGAAAACGAGAACCUUUCCCCCUUGACAUGCUGGAACAAGUGAGUGGCGACGUGGUUUAUUCCCCCGUGUGAGCUCAAGUUCCUCUCUCUUCUCGACCUCCUGGCACCUCUACCACCACCACCACCACCACCACCACAGCCUUCAUAUCGUUCACCAUGCUACCCCGUGUCCUACUCCUCGCUCUGAUUCUCACGCCAGCUUCCACCCAAGACCUCUCACGGCACAGAGAUGAUGGUAGGAUUGGCAACGAUGUGAGUGAGGAGGACGACACCGGUGGAAUUUUAGAGAGUAGCGCUGACGGAGUGACGAGAGAAGGAAGCAGUGCCACUGAAAGAGGAGAUGGAGCAGGAGAAAAAGCAUCAGUACCGCCACCGCCACCGCCACCAGGAGGAAGAGGGAGAGGCGGGCCCAGGAAGUACAGCAUUCCCAGCAGUGAAUUGAAGAAGCUUGACCAAUUGUUUCUUUCCGAGGAUGACAAGCUGACUUAUGAUCGCCGCCAGACGCCCUCCUAUACAGCAGGAUCGCCCACCCGAGUCCAUAUCGAGAUGUACAUUCGGAGCUUCGGAUCAAUUAACCCGAUACAGAUGGACUACACGGUGGACCUGUACCUCAGGCAGAGAUGGCUGGAGCUGCGGUUCCUCAACAACUCCCUCACACGACCUGUGGACCUCAAUGACCCGGUGUUGGUCAAGAUGCUGUGGAAGCCUGAAGUGUACUUCCCCAAUGCCAAGGAAUCUGACUUCCAGUAUGUCACUGUGCCAAAUGUUAUGCUGAGAAUCCACCCAGAUGGCACCAUCCUGUACAUCCUCAGACUGAAGCUGACGUUCUCCUGCAUGAUGGAUCUCUCCAGCUACCCACUAGACCACCAGACCUGCUACAUUCAGAUUGCCAGCUUUGUCAAAACCACACGUGAGCUGGAGCUGACCUGGUAUGAGGACUCUCCUCUCAAGAUGUACCGGAGACUGAAGCUACCUCAGUUUGAGAUGAAAGAAAUCAAGGCAGAUGUAUGCAAUCAGUCCUUCCAUAUUGGCAACUAUAGUUGUCUGCAAGCUGCAUUUGAGCUUCGACGUAACAUUGGCUAUCACUUGGUGCAGUCCUACUUGCCCACUUCCCUCAUUGUGGUGGUGUCCUGGGUCAGCUUCUGGCUAGACGUGGAUGCCAUCCCUUCCCGCGUCACACUGGGCGUCACCACUCUCCUCACCGUCUGCUCAGAGUCCACCUCUUUCAGAGACAAGAUGCCAACAGUGUCGUAUGUCAAAGCCUUGGACAUCUGGAUGGGCUCAUGCACAGCCUUUGUCUUUUUGGCAUUGGUAGAGUUUACAGUUGUGAAUCACAUUGCCCGCCACCAUCGGCGAUUUCUCAUCUGGGGAUCUGUGUACUGGCGAUCCAGGCUCUCCUCCAUCAACCAAAACCAAAGUCUUCUUCAGCCCAAACAGAAGAUGUCUGAUGGAGCAUCUUCUGCCAAGUGUUCUAACAUGGGCUCUCUCUAUACCUGUGCCCAAACGUCUUCCUACGGAGGCAAUGAUGAUGCUAGAAAGCACACCCGCAAGAAACUAGGCUCACUUUCAACUAUUGAAGCUCAGGCAGAUGCCAGAAGGAACAUCACACAUAACACAACAGUGGAAACAGUGGAGUGUCACACCACCAGCUUUGCAAGUGGCUCACAAGAGAUGGCUCCUUCCAAUAAUGAUGGAACAACCCUAAAUCCUGACAGCUGUACAGGCCCUGGCUCAUAUGACCUUGAUGAGGAAGAGGAAGCAGUACAGAGCCAAGGUCUCAGUGAUGCAGGAAUCACCUGCUUGCCAUCACACUGGCAGCACGAAGCCCACAUAGCAAAACUCAUUGAUAAGAUUUGUCGGGCACUAUUCCCUGUCAUGUUCAUCUUCUUUAAUCUCAUUUAUUGGUUAUAUUAUCAAGUCCUUACCUGAUGCAUUGGUAAGGAGUUUCUCUUUCAUAAGCUGUUCAUUGUUAUGACUUAAACCUGUAUCUGCUUAGUACAUCCCAGGUCAUGACCUCAGAGGACAUGUCACCCUCAAACUUAAUCUCAUUACUGCCUCAAUGUACAUCAUGGAUUUCCUCAUGACAUUUGCAUAACAUGUAUUCUCCUGAGGAGACAUGUAUUCUAAUGGUGAAAUCCUGAGGAGACAUGUAAUCCAAUGGUAAAAUUCCUUCCUAGAAUUCAUAGCUUCUUUUGGCAUAUUAUGUUGAAUAUUAAGAUUUCCUUUACCACUUCCAUGUUAUAUUUUUAAAAGUGAUGACAACAGUGGGCUCCUUUAAGGAUGCUUCAGUAUCACUUUUCUGUUUGUUAAGACAGCAUCAUCUCAAGCAGAUUACACACACUAUGGCAAACUGAGUGCACAGGCCAAACAGAUUGUUGUUUGUUAGUAUAUAUACAACACUUUUAUGAUUGUGUAUUGGCAGCCAGUCAACUCACUAUAUUAGAAUUAAUUUAAAUCCUUCAAGUACAGCCAGUCACAUUACCAUAAAAUAAUUAUUUUUAGCCCUUCCCCUGGUACUCUUCUAUCAUCAGUAGAAUCUAAACUUUGCAUAGCACACUAUGGUAAACUCACACCCUUCUGGUCAUCCAAAUUCUUACUACACUACCUUUGCCUUUAUGCAAGACAAAUAUUGUCUUCCUUCAUUCACCAGGCACUCAUCUCAGCCUCACACUAUCAAGGUUGAGCAUCCUAGUCACUGCUGCAGCUUUCCUAGGUUUUAACACUUCCACAGUUAUUCUAUGUAUACCUGUAGUGUUAAGUAGCUUUACCACACUUAAAUCUGGCUACUCUGGCUCAAUGUACUUCACUGACUCCAACGAAUUAGUUUACAGCUAACUACUAUGCCGCUUUAUUUGUCCACACUAUGAGCCACACAGAUGUUGUAUGUCAGUCUUGUUACUACCAGAGCAAUUUUUAUCUCAUCAUGUAUAGGCUAUCUAGUAAUUGUUUAUAUAAUAAUUUAUUUUGAUAUUCAUAUUUCUCCCUAUGGGGCUGGACUGGUAAUGUAUUCUUCCACCUUUUUACAGUUGUAGAUCUUUCUCUGAUAUUCAUCUUUAUUCUGUCUUCCUGCACACAGUCUCAAUGUCCUCUUCAGUCUUUCCACUGGUCUAAUUCCAUUAUGGAUUCACUAACAUGUUGAGAUCCUUGUGGAAGCUUGGCUGUAUUGUCCUUGAAUGAAUAUUCUGGCAAGUCUUCAUUAAUGUUAAAAGGAAUAGUUUAAAACAUAUAACUUAUCUAUCAAUCACAGUGUCCUAAUUUUGAAAUUCUUACUUUGUUUUUAGCUUUUUAAUUUAAUUGGAUUAAUUUACACAAUCUUUAAUCAUUAUUCACUGUAUUUGGGAUACAGGCCUUGUAUGCUUAAUGUAGGGGCCCAAACAUUGUAUAAUGCUACCUACCUAGUUGUAUUAUGUUGAUCAACAAUGCAAAAUAAAUUUUACAGUAUUUGUUUCAAA